AAUCGAAAGAAGUAUAGCAAAAAAUACAAAACCAUAAAAGAAAUUAAAGAAACUCCAACAAAAGAACUAACUACCGAUAAUGAUUUUGUUAAAUCAAAUAAAAUCCUCAAUUCAUAUAUUACUUAUAAAUUUCAAUUCUUAAGAGCUACAAAAACGAAUGAUGCUGAUCUAUUUAAUCGCAUCACUUUUAGAAUGAAUGAAACAAAUAUGUUAUAUGAUACACUUGAAAAUAUCAAAUUGCAACUUGAAGAACUUAAAGUUUUGGUUGAAGUUUCUGUAAAAGAAUCAGAAGAUUUAGUAAAAGUUCCUCAUUUAGAAGAUUUAGAAAAAGAUUUAGAAUCUCUAUGUGUAGAUCAUUGUUAA